GAUCGCUUCUCCCUGUUCCAUACAUUACCGUCAUCAUGUCCGCUAUGUCCAACUCGUUUGGUCGCCGAUCCAACUCCCGCUUGCCACCUGAAGUGAACCGCGUGCUGUACGUCCGGAACCUUCCGUUCAAGAUUUCCAGCGAAGAAAUGUACGACAUCUUUGGCAAGUACGGGGCCAUUCGACAGAUCCGCUUGGGGGUGGCAAACGAGACCCGAGGCACUGCGUUUGUCGUGUAUGAGGAUAUAUAUGAUGCGAAGAACGCGGUGGAUCACUUGUCUGGGUUCAACGUGUGCGGUCGGUAUCUCGUGGUACUGUACUACCAGGCGAGCCGCGUUCACAAGAGCAUGGACGUCAAUGCAAAGCAACAGGAAUUGUCCCAAUUGAAGGCGCGCUAUGGCGUCGAAUAGACCUAUAACUUCGUAUUAAUCCGAGCUUGUUGUUGCCA